AUGAACGUCAUCCGCAAAGCCGUGCGGGCGAUGUUCCCUCCGCCUCGCGUGGCGCCUGACGGUCGCGCGGAAUGGCCCUCUCGAACACCAUAUGUGCUUGCUUCCAUGGGCGGAGCGAUGGGAUUCGGAAAUUUAUUACGUUUUCCUUCCCAGGUCUUCAACAACAACGGCAUUCAAUGGUUUAUACCCUACCUCAUGGCUGUCUGCCUCCUCGCGAUCCCGGUGCUUAUCCUGGAAGUGGCUAUUGGACAGGCCUACCGCAGCGGCUGUGUCAUCGGUUACAACGGUCUUGAUCGACGCUUUACCGGCGUUGGAUUCGGAAUGGUCUGCGUUGGUUACGCUGUGGCCAUUUACUACAUUCCCAUUCUAUCCUGGGUCAUGGUGUACUUCCGCAGUUCAUUCCGGUCCGCAAACGACUUCCCCUGGAAAGAUAACCCACAGGAGUACUUCAGUCAUGUCGUCAACGAAGUCCCCGCCAUUCCUGCGGUCUACAGCGAUGAUGGCAGUCGAGUCCUUCAGUAUGCCUCAUAUCCUGGCAUGAACCUCGAUGGCGAGCUUGUCGGUUGGGUACUCUUUUCUUGGUUCAUCGUUUGGAUCUGUUUGUACAAAGGCAUCGCCAUUACCGCUCGCGUCGUCUACAUUACCAUCGUCUUGCCUAUUAUCAUGACCGUCAUCCUUGUCGGCCGUGGUGCGUCUCUACCCAACGCUGGCCGAGGUAUCAAACUAUACUUUGGGGAGUUCAACGCCGAUCAGCUUGCCGCAGGCAAGAUUUGGCAAGCUGCAACCAGUCAGGUCUUCUACUCUACCGGUGUCGGUUUUGGCUAUUACUCUGCCUACGCCUCGUACAACUCCAAGUUCUCUGAUGCUGUCCAAGACGCCAUGAUGAUCUGCAGUGCCAACGCACUGUUUGAGUCGUUCGCGGCCUUUGCUGUCUUCGGUGUCGUCGGUUACUUGGGCCUGCAGCCUGGUGUUGGUGAUCCGGUCGGAACAUAUACGCUCGGCUUCUACACCCUCCCCAGCGCCAUCCAGGGAAUGCCUGGUGCUCCAUUCUGGUCUGUUUUGUUCUUUCUGACUCUGUUCCUACUUGGUAUUAGUUCAUCGUACGCGCUGCUCGAUGCUAUGAUCACUACCAUCUGCGACACUCACUGGGGAAGGAAGUACAAGCACUCGACCAUCGCCACGAUCAUCACCGUCAUCUCGGCCCUGGUAUCAUUGUUCUACUCAACGGGAUUCGGUUAUGAAGCUACCAAUGCUGUUGACGCACAGAUCAGCAACAUUUCACUUAUCUUCGUCGUAUGGGCUGAGUGCGUAUGCGCUACUUCGUUCUACCGCUACGUCGACGUCAUAGGUCAGGUUGGUGCACCAUCCUUCUGGCUGUACCAAUGUUCGUACAUUGGCGCCCAGAUCAUCGGCAAUGCCAUCGCACAUACAGUUUCCGACAAGAUCGGUGCUGGUGUUGGCUUUGGUUUCUACAUCGCUGGCACAAUCCUUGCUAUUCUCGUCGCCAAAGAUCCUACAGUUCCAGCUCCUAAAUUUUGGGGCCGUAACAAGAUCUUGAACCGCGUUUGGUGGGUUGGCCUCUACUCAGGACACCAACUUGCGCGCGACCUCAACUAUGUCGUGUGUGUGGGCAAGCAGUGGCGACUACCCGUCUUCUGGGCACCCAUCCUUCGAUACUUCGCCGCACCUGUGCUCUCGAUCAUCUUCUGCUUUGCCUACCCCACGUUCUACGCCAUACGCGGCGACCCCCUACAGAUCUUCGGUUUCAUGGUCGCCCAUCUCAUUGUCUUAGUCGUCCUUGUCGGUUUCAUCAUCCCCAAGAGCCUCAAUAUCUUCGUACCUCCAGAACGUCGCGAGGAAGGAAACAGACAAUACGCACCCCAGACGGUACUCGGAAAGGACGACACAAACAUUGUGGGUGGUGUUGCGCCUGGGCAAGAGUACGAAGCCGGCUUGUCAGUGCCGCCAGCUUACGACUCUGACAAAGUGGAGGACAAGAAGUGA